AAUAAUGAGACUGCUAAAUCUUGUGCUUGCUUCUCUCAUCGCCGCUGCGGCAGCAGCAAGCAGCACUUCAGCUGCAGUUGAAUACACUCUCAUCAAUAACGCCACCGGAACUCCUGGAGGCGAGAAAUUCAAGAACAAGGUCGGUUUCCAAUACACUCGGCAAGUCCUCUCGGAUGCCACAUGCUUCAUCUUUACCAUCUUCAACCAGCAUCUCGAUUCAGAGCGAAAGAACAUCGAUCGCAUAACCCUUAUAAUUCACAGCUUCAAUGGUGUCGCUUACGCAAUCAACAACGAGAUCCACGUGAGCUCAGAUUACAUUGCAGGCUACACCGGUGAUGUGAAGAGAGAGAUUACAGGUGUUUUGUACCACGAGAUGACACACGUGUGGCAGUGGAACGGGCAAGGUCGGGCUCCAGGGGGGCUGAUCGAAGGGAUAGCGGAUUACGUGAGGUUGAAGUCAAAUUACGUGCCGUCUCAUUGGGUGAAGCCUGGGGAGGGACAGCGCUGGGAUCAGGGUUAUGAUGUUACUGCCAGGUUUCUUGAUUACUGCAGCGGUGUGCUGAGAAGUGAUUUUGUGUCGCUGCUUAAUGCUAACAUGAAGAAUGGGUAUAGUAAUGAUCUCUUCAAGCAGUUUCUUGGUAAGAGUGUUGAUCAGCUGUGGAGUGAUUACAAGGCACACUAUGGUAAAUAAUAUUUUUAGUGUGCGAUAUCGUGUAUUGUGAUGUAUGAAGUUAAAUAAGUGCAUAUAUGAAUCGGGCAUGCAUUGAUUGUGUUUUUAA